UCCGCUCCCUCUUCGGCGGCCAUCUUGCUGGGCUCCUCGUGUGGUUCCCUUCGGCUGUGCGUGUGUGCGGAGCCUUUCACGCGUGCUACCGCCGCGGCCCCGGGAAUUGGACACCACGCAAGUUUGUCGUCUAUAUAUCUUAGGAAUUUGUCAUAUCGAAACGUGGAAAGACUUGCCAGUCGUGGAUCCUUCACUGCACUCCCUUUUUACCAGAUGAAAGAAAUAAUAAUGAAUCAAGAAAAACUAGCCAAGCUGCAAGCCCAAGUACGCAUUGGUGGAAAGGGUACUGCCCGCAGGAAGAAGAAGGUGGUACACAGGACUGCAACAGCAGAUGACAAAAAACUUCAGUUCUCUUUAAAGAAGCUUGGUGUGAAUAAUAUUUCUGGUAUUGAAGAGGUGAAUAUGUUCACAAACCAGGGAACAGUCAUCCAUUUUAAUAAUCCUAAAGUUCAGGCUUCACUUGCUGCAAACACAUUUACGAUCACAGGACAUGCAGAGACUAAGCAGCUGACUGAGAUGCUGCCCAGUAUCUUGAACCAACUUGGAGCUGAUAGUCUGACUAGCUUGAGGCGGCUGGCAGAGUCUCUGCCUAAACAACCUGUGGACAGCAAAGCACCACUUGCUUCUGGUGAGGAUGAUGAUGAUGAAGUUCCAGAUCUUGUUGAGAACUUUGACGAGGCUUCAAAGGAUGAAGCAAACUGAAGUUGACACCUGAGGAUGAUGUGAAGUUCAAAUGACUUUAGAGGGCUGCUAUUUGUAUUAGUUUUUAUUUUGCUUUUGUAAUAUUACAUUUUUGUACUGUUACGCAUAAGUUUGCAGUCACGUGGUGAUUUGGUUAUCCUGUUAAUUUCUGUUAUUUGUAGCAGCUCUUCUAAUGCUAAAUCAUGCAAAUAGAAUGUUUACCAAUUUUGCAGCCUGGUUUAAAGUAGAAUUCUGCUGGAUUGGAGUGGAAAUAAAGGAGAAAAGUGUC